GCGGUAGAUUAGGAGCUCCGAAGAUGUUGAUAAAAAUUUGCUUAUUUGUGUCAUUUUGCUUAGUGGCGCUACCUGAGAUCGAGGCAGCUUGUUUUGUUUGUAAUAGCAAUGGCGUUGCCUGCACUAGCAACAACACAUUCCAACUCUGUUUUAACGGUCUACCAAACUCCAACGUUGAAUAUGUGUGUCCCAACGAGGCAGAGGUAUGUACAGUAUAUGGACAGAUUUGCAUGGAUCCCAGCGCCAAUUCAAAUGUACAAACCGUCUGUGGCAACACACAGCAAUGUGGUCAAUGCUCAGAUGUGGCAAAUGGUGCCUACACUUGCACCAGUCGCACCACAUUCACCAUGUGCAUGAAUAAUGCUCUCACCAGCAUAAGAGGUACCUGCCCGCUGGGUGCAGUAUGCCGUACUUCGGUGGGGCACAGUGGCAGUGUGCCUUGUGUAAAUGAAUGCUUAACAGACGCAAAUGAUAUGUGUGAUGUAGAGUUGGCCGUGGAUGCGCCAACAACCAGCGAGACCACCGGCACAACGGUAAUAAUUCAACCCACACCACCAGUCACUAUAGUUCCUCCGGUCGAUACUACCGUAAGUGUGACCUCGGCGCCCACUCAAUCGCCGGAGGCAUAUUGCUCAGGUCAAACACUAAUCGGUCGUUAUCCCAAUUCCGCUGAUAGCAGUUGUGUCAGUUAUUUGUAUUGCUCAAGCAACGGCUCUGGUUCUGGUCUAACUGGACGCAUAAGGCAAUGCCCAUUGGGUAAAUAUUUCAAUCCAGAAAUAAGAAAUUGUCAAACCAACAAACCGGUUGGUUGUGUCUAAAACAUAUAAGGAUUA